GAAAAUCCUUAACGAUCCCAUUUCCUUUUUUAGCAUAUUUUAAUUUGUCUUCUAUCUAUUAAUAAUCAUUUUUGUGUUGAACCUUUUAAAAUGUCUUCUGAUGACAAAAAUAAUGAUCUUCCUUUAGUUUCAAAUGUGAAUGAUAUUGUUGUACAGCAUUAUAUUUUCCAUUUUGUGUGCCAUUUUGAUGAAAAAAGUUUUAAAUGCCAUCAGAUCUUAUUUUUAAAACCAGUCUUGGGUGGGAAUAUUGGUUCAGUAGAAGAGGAUUCUUAUCGGUGUAUCUGUGAUCACUCUAAAUUUUCAAAGAAUGAGUUGAAUAAAAGUAUUGCUAGUAAUGCAGUUUCAGAUUAUGGAUUUGUUUUGGUGUUAGACUCCCAUAAAAUAUUAGUGGAAAAAGUCGAAGAGAUUGAUAUUGCGUGCACAGACUAUAAUGCAUUGAAGUAUAUUGCUGCUAACCCUUUAUUGUUCAGUGGCCAUAAGCUGAAUUUCUCAUCAGAUGAAUGGUCUCUAAAAGUUUGGAAAGAUGAAAAUACAUGCAACAUGUGCUUUCCAAAAAUUUUGAAAAUUACAUACAGCACAUUGCCUGACGGGCCAUCUUUGCUUUGGGUUACUGAUCAAGAACAAAAUCCUGCAGUUUUUACCUAUGGUGCUUGGAUUAAUAAUCGAUCCUUAUUUCCAUGUCAAGAACCACCAACUGCUAUGGCUACAUGGGAAGCUACUGUUUGUGUGGACAAUUCAUCUGUUGUCCUUAUGAGUGGUGAUGAUGAACCUACUAUAAAUUGCAUUGAAGGAAAUACAAGCUAUUAUUACUAUACAAAAAGUGUACUUCCUUUAUCCACUUUAUGCUUGGCAAUAGGAUUUUGGGAAGAACAUUUAAUUUGCUCUUCUUACUGCAGUACUAAGACAAAAUGCAGAAUUUUUGCUCCACCUAGUCUACUGGAUAAAGCUGUUCAGGAGUUAUUUGAGUAUAUUCCAUGUUGCCUUAAACAUUCAGAAGAUUUCUUAGGACCUUAUCCUUUUAGAAGAAUUGACUUUUUAAUUGUACCUCCAACUUUUGGAAGCUUGGGAAUGGCAAGCCCAAAUAUUAUAUUUUUAUCCCAAUCUCUUCUUGCUGGUGAUGGCAGCAUGUGUUCUAGAGUUGCACACGAAAUAGUUCAUGGUUGGUUUGGACUGUUGAUAGGAGCAUCUGAUUGGACUGAAGAAUGGUUAAGUGAAGGUUUUGCUACUUUUCUGGAAGAUUUCCUGCAUGCGCUUACAUUAAAUAUGAAGAAAGAUUCUGCUAAAGAUUACAGAGAAAUCAAAGCAUUGAUUCGAAAAAAGGUUCUUCUUGAUGAGAUAGACAAUACUCCAGAAGAUCUUCAAAAACUGAGACCGUGCCAAGGUGAAACAACUACUCAGAGCAUUGAUGGUAUUGAUACUCCAGUUGUAAAAAAUGGUCAGAAUCCUGAAAAAGCAUUUGUUCAAGUGCAUUAUAUUAAAGGAUAUUUUUUGCUACAGAUACUGUCUGACAUGGUUGGAUUUGAUUCUUUUAUGGAAUUCCUACGUCUCUAUGUUGAUAAAUAUAAAGGAUGUUUAGUUACAUCUGAUGAUUUUUUAAAUUUAUUUCUGGAAACCUUCCACAAUGUUGACAUCAAAACCAUACACCACAUUUCUGAAAAUUGGCUCAAAAAUCCAGGGGUGGUGAAAGAAUUCAGGAAAAAGAAGCCACCACCAGAAAAUAAAUUAUUUUCGCAGGUACAAAUUGAGAUUAAAAAGUGGCGAGAUUUAAAUAGGGUUAUUUUGCAAAAAUCUGAAAGUCAAAUAGGUUUUUCUGAAGCUUUUGUCACACUUACACCUGAACAAAUCAUAUUAUUACUUGAAGGUAUUUUGGACCAUAAAAGAAUUUCUGUUAAACUGCUGGAACGCUUAAAUGACUUUUUUCACUUCAACUCUUUAAAUGCCGAGGUUCAGCACAGAUGGUUUGAGCUAGUUGUGAAUUCAAAGUAUGAAGUUGCUUAUGCACAAUUAGAACAAUUUUUAAGGAAUCAUUUAGCUAUGGGAAUCUACUUGUAUGGAGAAUUGAUCCAUUCUAAGAAUAAGAAACAGAAGAAAAUUGCUGAACAAUGUUUCCGAAGUUUAGAGCAUGAAAUGGAGCCUAAUUAUAUUUUCACUAUUACCCAAAUGCUGAAAAAUUCUGGCAAAGUCUGAAAGAACAUAUUUCAUUCUAUUUUUGUUUUUAUUUAUUUAUUAAUUUAUUUUUUGAUUUCAUUCAUUUGAAAGAGAAAAACUCAAAAUGCUAAAAAAAAGCAUAUUGUUAAUAAUUUAAUAAAAAGAUUGCUUCAAAUGCAAAUUGUUUGCUCAUAAAAAUAUUGUUACAAUUUGUCUGAAAAAUAAAUAUGCGCUUGUUUUGAAAUUUAUUAGCUUCCCAGUUUUUGGAAUGUUUUAAAAGUAGAUAAGAAGCACUGUAAGUUAACCUGUGCUAGUAUGUAUGGGUGCUCCUUUUCCUGCAGCAGUGGGGCUCAUGAGUCAUUUAAACAAUGAUUCACAAAACAAAUUUUAUAAUUCUAACAGGUUGCUCUGAAGUUUUUAUUUAUUAUUAUUAUUAUUAUUAUUUGGUAUGUGCGAAAUUUUCUGAGUACUUUUAUGAUUUCUGAAACCUUGAAUCAAAAACUUAAAUUUUUUUUGCAAUAUUUAAAAUUUAUUAAAGAAUAAGUAAGAUUUAAAAAAAUAUAUAUAUAUUUCUCGUUGUGUUAGUACUUUUCUGUCAUAGGUACUGCAAAUGUUUAAGUAUCACUUGGCGUUUUACUUUUCUUUUUUUACACCUUGGCAAAAAUUAAAAAAUAUCUUUUACGCUUUGUUUGCUCCUCCUGUUUGGAUUUUACAUUUUAGACAACUGAUAUUAUUUUUGAUGACUUAAAUUUACUUGGCAGUUUAUUUUACAGUACCUGGACGACCGAGCCUCGCUCGGCUUUAAAAGAAUUAUUUUUUGUCAAAUUGUGUUUUUUUAACGUUCAAUACUUUUCCAAAUAUACUUGAAAAGCUUCACGUUAACGAAAUAUUAUGUACUCGACCUUCUUAUAACACUAAAGUACCAAACAAAGAAGAUUCUGAAUGUAAUUAAAUCAACAUUUUGCUUUAAACUAUCUGUUACGUUUGUUUCCACUAUACAAUUUUCUUGUCAGUAAUUAAAAUAUUUUGACCUUAGUUUUGCUAUGGUGAAAUCGGUUUUUAACCGAAUACUUCCUUUCAUACUGUGAUGCGUUUCAGGAUUUUAUCCCAGUCGAGAUUUUCUUUUUGAAUUAGUACUUUUAGUUUUUACGCCAGAAAAUGCUAAAUGCAGCAUGAUAUCCAUCAAAACUGAUGAUCCACAAACCAUUCUAACAAAUGAUAACAACUGUCUUAACAAAACAUAAACAAUCUCAAGACAUACGCUUCUUCGAAAUAAAAUUUAGAUGCGUGAUUUAAAGAACAUGUUAAACUAUUUGAAGUGUAAAAAGAAAAUAAAUAAAUAAAAUAAAAUAAAUAGGAUGGUCAAGCAAUAGUUUCACUUAAAAAAGAAAAAAAGCCUUACAUCAACUCUUACAUAAUGCUUUUGAAUUUGUUUUCAGCCAAGUGUGUUUGAAAUUAGCCAAAGUAUCCAAUAUCAGCCAAGCCUGGCAACCCUAAGCAAGUAUAAAAUUUUAAUGCGAGAAGAGACAAAUUUUCAUUGUUAUGGUUGCAAAUUGUCUGCUUGAUUCCUCAACUCACAGUUUACUUCAAGGCUAAACUCAAUUUGACUUUAUAUUAAAAAACUGUUUUUUGUAAAAAAUCGCGUUUUUACAGAAAAAACACUGAUGUAGAUGAACUUAGAAUGCAAAACUACAAUUAAAUCCAAAAUUUCAUCCAAAUCGUUAGAGCCGUUUCGGAGAUAAGAAAUAUAUCUAUACCCACAAGAAUUGCUCGUUUAAAGAUAUAAGAUUUUAAUGAAGAUUUUUAAGUUUCUGUAUUAAGUUAUCAAGUUAUUUUAAUGGGGUUCUUCAUGCUAUUUAUUUGGCUUAUUCUUUUAUUUGACCUGUUAUUUUUACUUUUUAAUCACUUAAUUUAAUUAUUUAAUGGAAAGUUUUUCAUUUUAAUUGAACCUUAUGUCUUAUUGGAUGGUCUGUUUUGCUUGAAGGCUCAUUGCAAGGAUGAAAUAACGUAUGGUAUUGCCAGGUAAAUAGCUUUUAUGUAACUUGAACCAAAUUUGUGGACAAUGAAAAAUAAACACUUUUUUUGAAAAUAUGCUAAAUAUAGUAGUCCCAUAAUGGAAAAAUACUUUUUUUAUAGUUUCUUUUUCUAGAUUUUAAAAAGAUUUUUUUCUGUUGUAUUGCUCAAACUAUAUUCCUUGAAAAUUGUUUGUAAGCGAGUGUUUCAUUGUCGUAAGUAUUGUGAAGUAUUUUGUGUUAUUUUAAGUAUGAUUAUUUGCUUUCUUGACCCAUAAAUCUUGUGAUCUUUUAUUUUUAUCUAGAAUUUGUCAUGGAGAAUUUCUUUACUAAUGAGGAUUGUACAAACUUGGCAUAUCAAUGAAAAAAAUUUAUGUACUUAUUUAAGUUUCCAUUUUUUGCUUGUGAUUGAAAAAGUACUAUUUGAAUAUCUUCUUGUGAUAUGGAUAUUUGUCUAGUACUUUGAUAUGAAUAUUUAUGGAAAUAUAUGAAUGAAUAUAUAUGUCAAAUCUAUAUGUUAAAGAGCAAAAAAUUCUGAAUCAUGAUCGAUUAAGAUGAAAUUAGUAUUGUUAUGUAUUUUAUUUUAUCGCAUUGUAGAUAUCUUUAAAUCAAUGCUCAUAACUAAUUUUAAAAUGUGUAUCAUAUUCUUAAGUGCUGUAUUAAGAUGGAAAGUUUCAUACAAAUAUUUUGUUUGCUUUGAUACUGUGUAUAUAGCAAUGUUAAUAAAUGGGAU